AUGGAGAAGACGGAGGAGCAAGCUCAAAAAAAAAAAAUUGUGCUUUACGCCUCUCGGAUCAGGCCAAGAAGUGGGGCGUUCAUGUCAUCUCCUCCAUUUCAAAGGGAAGAAAAUCUUGCUGGAUUGUGGUGUUCAUCCUGGAAUGCACGGAGUAGAUGCCUUCCUUUUGUUGAUUUCAUAGACAUUGAAGAAAUAGAUCUUCUGCUGCUUUCAAAUACCAUCCAACUCUUACAUUAUCAGAUCACCCACUUUCACCUCGAUCACUGUGGUGCUCUUCCGUGGUUGUUGGAGAAGACUGGGUUUCAAGGAAAGUGCUUCAUGACCCAUGCAACGAAAGCAAUCUAUAGAAUGCUCUUAGGAGAUUACAUCAAGGUUGCUAAAUAUGGCGGAGGAAGUGAUCGUAGUAUGCUGUACACUGAUGAAGACUUAGAAAGAAGCAUGGAGAAGAUUGAGGUCAUAGAUUUCCACGAACAAAAAGAGGUCAAUGGAAUCCGAUUCUGGCCAUACGUUGCUGGUCACGUUCUUGGCGCCUGCAUGUUCAUGAUCGAAAUAGCAGGUGUUCGAGCAUUGUAUACGGGUGACUUCUCAAGAUUAGAAGAUCGGCAUUUGUGCGCAGCUGAACUACCAACGAUUACACCCGAUGUCCUGAUUUCGGAAUCAACAUACGGUACACAAAUUCAUGAGGAACGAGGUGAGCGUGAGAAACGGUUCACUCAGAUGGUGCAUGACAUCGUUGGCAGAGGAGGACGUUGCUUGAUCCCUGCGUUUGCUCUUGACGCUUCAUCUCUUGCCAAGAAAUGUAUGGCAGUUUACCAGACAUUCGUUAGUGGAAUGAAUCAGCGCAUUCAGAAGCAAAUAGCGGUCAGCAAUCCCUUCAUUUUCAAGCACGUCAGCAAUCUAAAGGGCAUGGAACAUUUCGAGGAUUCAGGGCCGUGCGUCGUAUUGGCUAGUCCCGGUAUGUUACAAAACGGUCUCAGCAGAGAGCUCUUUGAGAAGUGGUGUACCGAUGCCAAAAACGGUUGUAUCAUUGCCGGUUAUUGUGUGGAAGGUACACUUGCAAAGCAUAUUCUCUCUGAGCCUGAAGAGAUUGUGGCUAUGAACGGCGAUCGUCUACCGAUGAGAUUGCAGGUCGGGUAUAUUUCUUUCUCUGCCCAUACGGACUUCCAACAGACGCUGGCAUUUGUGAAACAGCUGAAACCUCCUCACAUGAUUCUGGUACAUGGUGAAAUGCACGAAAUGAGUCGAUUGAAGGCAGGCAUAUUGAGAAGUUUUGAGGAAGAGAACUUAUCUAUUGAGAUUCACAACCCUCGAAAUACGGACACAGUUCGUCUUCAAUUCCAAGGUGUACGAAAAGCAAAGGUGGUUGGAGCAUUGGCAAUCAAGUCCAAUAAGAUUGGAGACAUUGUUAGCGGUAUUUUGAUCAAGCGUAAUUUCAACUAUCAAGUGGUUGACCCGAAGGAAUUGACCGGUAAGUGCACAACUGUUCUCAUUUGUUACUCA